AUGCUAGGCCAAUGUCCCGGCCCGCUGUGGCAGAUUGAUGAUUUAACAAACUGCUUUCAGCGCGAUUAUCUAAAGGUUCUUCUCCCAAUAGUAUCCAUCGCCAUAUCUUUAUUGUUCCUCCUCUCACAAAAUAUCCAUCGAUACGCCAAAUCAUCAUCUUCGAAGUACAAACUUGUUCCAAACGGCUCAGGCGUUCACGGGAGUUCCGGGGGUCACAAUGGGCACACAAAUGGAAAUGGACAUGUGCCAGACACAAGAACCGCCGCAGACGGAUCAGAAGAUGAGGACGAAGUCUUGACUAUGGGUGGAGGUCGACUAGCACUGGCGAAAACAACCACCAAAGGAUCCAUUGCUGCUGUUGAUAAGCCCCGAGGGCAAUACACUCUGUUGACCGUGGAGCUUCUAUCGGUAGUUGCCGUGCUGGUCAUUAACGUCGUGGCAUUGGUUCUCCAUGCGUACGGUUCGAAAGGGACAGUGGCGACAGUGGCGGGAAUCACAACAUGGACCUAUAUCCUCAUACUGGUCAUCCUGAGACUGGCAUUGUCCAACACGCGGUAUAGGAUACCGAGGUUAUGGAAUCAUACAGCGGCUUUAUACUCCCUCCUGUGGCUCUUUUCGAUUAUCAUUUUCCGAUCAGCUAUCAUCCAUCCCCGCUCCGAUGUCGCCCAAGCCCUGGUCAUCUCCGAGUUUGCAUUGACAACACUUCUGUUUGGGAUUGCAAUUACUACCCGGAAGGGCAACAAAACAGUCGUGUUAGAAUGGGAGGGAGACAUUGAACCAUCUAGAGAGCCUCUGGCGAGUUUAUUCUCCAUUGCUACUUUUGGAUGGGUGGACGCAAUCGUGUGGCAAGGUUACAUGAAGACAUUUGAGAUGACUGACGUAUGGAACCUCUUGCCCAAAGACAAAGCAGCUGCAGUUCUAGCGGAUUAUCGACAACUCAGAAAGACGACCGCUCUCACAUGGCACCUGAUGCACUACUUUCGCUGGAGUCUUAUCAUCCAAUGCUCUUAUGCCAUAUUCUCGAGCCUUUUCACAUUUGCUCCGACCUUGUUGUUAAAGGUCAUCCUGGAAUACAUCGAGGACCCUGAUAUUGCGCCGCGGAACGUGGUCUGGCUUUAUGUUAUCUUGAUAUCCCUCACGGAUGUACUGCAAUCACUAGCGAACGGCCAAGCACUAUGGAUUGGUCGAAAGAUCUGCAUUCAGCUCCGAGCAAUUAUCAUUGGAGAAAUCUACGCCAAGGCUCUGCGUAGAAAAGCAGCAGCCGGAAGUGAUACAGUGCUCGGAGACAAGAAAGACAAAGAAGACGCUACGAAAGUGAGCAAGCUGAAGAGUCUGGUUGGACUUGGCAGCAAGAAAAAGGACGACAAGAAACCCGACUCGGAUUCAAGCACUGUGGAAACUACAGAUCCUACUGCGGCAAAGGGAUCGGAUGAGCAGGUUAAUGUUGGGACUAUCAUCAAUCUUAUGUCGGUUGAUUCUUUCAAAGUCAGUGAGAUAACUGCAUAUCUUCACUUUCUUUUUGCCGCGGCACCCACCCAAUUAAUAGUUGCCGUCUAUCUUCUCUACCGGAUACUGGGUCUGAGUAGUAUUCCUGGUCUAAUCGUAAUGGUUAUCCUUUUGCCACUUAAUAUUGGACUUGCGCGAGGAUUUGGACGUUUACAGAAGAAGAUCAUGGCAGCCACAGACAAGCGAAUUCAUACAACUAACGAGGUACUCCAAAAUAUCCGUAUUGUCAAGUUCUUUGCUUGGGAGCAUCGUUUCAGCAAUAUUGUCAAUGAAAAGCGGUCUGCUGAGUUGAAAGCCUUGCGAUCAAAAUACAUCCUCUGGGCCUGCGCGGUAGCGGUCUGGAAUACGGUCCCAGUUAUUAUAACUUUCUUCUCCUUCCUCGUCUACACGGUCAUAGAGAAAAAGCCACUGUAUCCUUCUAUUGCCUUCACAGCCAUCUCCCUCUUUAGUAUUCUCCGAGUUCCUCUUGAUCAACUGGGCGACAUGAUCGCACACGUUCAAGAGUCCAAGGUCUCUGUCGAUCGUGUAGAGGAAUUUUUAAAUGAAGAUGAAACGGAGAAGUACGAGCAGCUAGGUCAUGAUAGCCUGGAUGAAGAUGGCAACCAAAUGAUAGGUUUCAAAUCUGCUACUUUCUCAUGGGGUGGUAAAGAAACAUCCACAGAGGAAGUUUCAAGCGCGUUUCGGCUCAUGAAGUUAAAUAUCAACUUCGAGAUUGGCGAAUUAAACAUUAUUGCCGGUCCCACCGGAUCAGGCAAGACUUCUCUCCUGAUGGCCCUCCUGGGUGAGAUGACGCUUAUUGAAGGCAAAGUCUUUCUCCCAGGUGGUGGAUGCAGCCGCGAGGAUGUAAGGCCGGACCCCGAAACAGGUCUCACUGAUAGCGUUGCCUAUUGUGCUCAGCAGGCGUGGCUCGUCAACGCUGACAUCAAAGAGAACAUCAUCUUCGCUGCACCUUUAGACGAGAAGAGGUACAAUCAAGUUAUUGUAGCAUGUGCUCUGGAGCGGGACCUAGAGAUUCUAGAUAAUGGAGACGAAACACUCGUGGGGGAGAAAGGCAUCACACUCUCUGGAGGCCAAAAACAACGCAUCUCGCUUGCAAGAGCAUUGUAUUCCAACUCUAAACACGUACUCCUGGACGACUGCCUUAGUGCUGUGGAUUCGCAUACAGCAAAGUGGAUAUUUAAUAAUUGCAUUCGAGGGCCACUAAUGCAAGGUCGGACUUGCAUACUCGUUACCCACAAUUUGGCUCUUUGUGUACCUCAAUCUAGCUAUGUGGUUUAUCUUGACAACGGCGUCGUUGAUAUCCAGGGCUCGGCGGCCAAAGUAAUUGCUUCUGGAAAACUCGGUGAUGAUGUCAAUAUGUCAAGACCUGGAUCGGCUAUAGCAUCUCAGAUGCCUUCACGAGUACCUUCCAGCCUUGGUAACGAAAGUGAAGAUACUACUCUCGUUGAUGAUGGAGGCCAUUCCAAUGGAAAUGGCAGUAGUAAAACUGCAAAGUCGAAGAACGCCGACAAAGGAGCAAAGCAAGAUGCCAUGAAAGAAACCAAGGCCGAAGGCGGGGUCAAAUGGAAUGUUGUAGUCCUGUAUCUGAAUUCGAUGGGACCUUGGUGGUUCUGGGUUUUGGCAGUGCUGGUCUUCGGUGUUCAGCAGAUUGGCAGUCUUGCUGCAAACGUCUGGAUUCGACAAUGGGCGAACCAGUACGACACGGAAUCUAUCAACAAAUAUCACAGCUUGUCGCCAAACAACUACGUUGGAAAUUCGAUAUCUACUAUCCAGGUAGCAAGCUCUCGAAUAUCCCAAGUCCAACCAUACUUUGACCCCAACAAGACAUCACUCAUAGCGCAGCUUGCCCCGAACGUCGAUGUUUCUUAUUAUCUUGGAGUCUAUGCGUUGAUCGGAAUUGCUGGUAUGCUAAUAGCACUUUUCAGAGAUUUCUGGUUAUUCUUCGGCUCCUUGACUGCAAGCUGGGCAAUCCAUAGACGCUUGAUGGAGUCAGUAACUCGAGCAAAAUUCAAGUUUUUCGAUGUGACACCUUUGGGUCAAUUGAUGAAUCGCUUCAGCAAAGAUCUAGAGGCUGUUGACCAAGAAGUGGCUCCAAUCGCCAUUGGCGUCAUGUCUUGCGCUCUUGCUAUCCUUGUCACAGUCAUAUUAAUCACUGUCAUUACCCCAGGCUUCCUGAUUGCUGGUAUAUUCAUUAGUGCUUUGUAUUUCUUCGUUGGGAAGUUUUACCUCAGAUCUUCGAGAGAUCUGAAGAGACUUGAGUCUGUGCAAAGGAGCCCCCUGUUCCAGCAAUUUGGAGAGACUUUGAGCGGAAUCACGACGAUUCGUGCAUAUGGGGAAGAGAGACGCUUUAUUCGCGAUAACAUGUCGAGGAUUAACACACACUCGCGGCCAUUCAUCUAUCUCUGGGCUGCCAACAGAUGGCUCGCCUUUCGAAUGGACGCCAUCGGUGACCUUGUUGCUUUCUUCGCUGGCGCAUUCGUCGUCCUUAGCAUCGGGAAAAUUGAUGCCGGUUCUGCUGGUCUAUCCUUGAGUUAUGCACUCGCAUUCACCGAGAACGUACUCUGGCUCGUCCGACUUUACGCUGUGAACGAGCAAAACAUGAACUCGGUCGAACGUAUCAAGGAAUAUUUAGACGUCGAACAGGAAGCAGAGGCAGUAAUAGAGAAGACUAGACCUGCUGCAAAUUGGCCUAGCAAUGGCUCGGUCGAGUUCAUUAAUUAUACAACUAGAUAUCGGGAUGAUUUAGAUCCGGUAUUGAAAGAUGUCACAUUCAAGAUCAAUCCACUUGAGAAGGUUGGAAUAGUGGGCCGAACCGGCGCUGGCAAGAGCUCAUUGGCCCUUGCUCUUUUCCGUGGACUUGAAGCAGACGCAGGCAAAAUAUUGAUUGACGACGUUGAUAUUGGACUCAUCGGCCUCCAAGAUCUUCGAGAAUCUAUCACAAUCGUCCCCCAGGACCCGACACUUUUCACAGGCACCAUUCGAAGCAAUCUGGACCCAUUCAACCUCUUCACUGACGAAGAUAUCUUCGCAGCUUUGCGAAGAGUUCACCUGAUAGGCGCCCCACUGUCAACCACUAACCCCUCUACCCCAAUUACAACAUCUCGACCAGGUUCAUCCGAUCUCGAUAGCCCCGAUACCCCCACUGGUGCAUCAACGCCAGCAAACAAGAACAUAUUCUUAAACCUCUCCUCCACCGUCACAGAAUCCGGCAACAACCUUUCCCAAGGCCAACGCCAGCUCCUGUGCCUAGCCCGCGCGCUGCUCAAAAAUCCCAAGGUUUUGAUGAUGGACGAGGCUACCGCCUCCAUCGACUACAGCACAGACUCCAAGAUCCAAGAAACGAUCCACGAGCUCAAGAGUACCAUCAUCACCAUUGCACAUCGCUUGCAAACAAUCGUCGACUACGACAAAGUCCUUGUAUUAGAUAAGGGUCAAGUAAUGGAAUACGGUCAUCCAUACGAGCUACUGAAGAAAGAGGGUAAGGAGGCCAUCUUCAGGGGCAUGUGCGAGACAAGCGGUGAUUUUGAAGGACUGCAAAAGACCGCGAAGAAAGCUUGGGAUGCAGGGCGGCUGGUUGACGAUGAAUAG